AUGGAUGAAACCAAACAGCAGCAAUCAUCGCCUUCUCCUGCAUACACGCAAAGCAGUCUCAAUCGAUUAUUGUACGACCCACCGCGAUGGGGCUGGUCUGCCGUUGGAGGCAUAGCUGAUCUAUUGACGCCGCAUGAAAGAUCCCGUCGACGAAGCACUCAGGUAGCAUUUCGUCAAAAGAUACGAUUGGAAAAGGAAAAGGAAAUCGCAAAGCAAAAUGAAUCUAUUGUUCUGAAUGCUCCAGAGAUGGCUGCACCGAUUGUACAGGCUGCUCCAGCACAACAGAUAGCACCGACAGCUGGGGAAUCGGUUGAAUUGGAACAAAUGAAACCGCAGCAGUCAGCUCCAGAGCAACAAAACCCAUCACAGCAAGAGCCGCCUUCUGAGAUGGAAUCAUCACAACUGCAACAAACACAACCGGAUUCUCAAAUGCAGCAACCGCCGUCACAGGUGCAACCGAAAGUUCAACAAGACCAGAGACUUCAGGUACAAAUAGAAGGGCUCAAAACAAUUGCACCAGAUCCGACUUCAUUGCCAACUUCCACAGCUUCAAUGCGUUCCGAAAUCAGUACCAUACCGUUGACGCUGACAGCAACAGAACGCAACCCUGAUCAAUCGAAAGUGGAUAGAUCCACUUCUCAGUCACUUCCAAAUACUCGUCUAGAAGAUCAUUCUGCUCUGUGGGGAAUGUCAUUGAAACCUUUGACCGAAGACACUGCUAAUCCACUCAGCAACCAAAACCGAGAAAUAGAGGCUUCCGUAGAGGCGGGCAGAGAUGGAAUUUUGGAUAUGUACAGUUAUCAUCGUGGACGUGAAGGAAUGGAACCAAGAGAUCCCGACUCGGGGGAAAUCCUUGCUGCCUCCAUUCCAACUGACACCAAUCAUAAUUUUGAUGCACAAAAGCUAUUGGCUACUAUCAUUGUCGAAUUUCCAUUGGAAGAUUAUGAUAUGGACACAAUUGCUACCAGUACUGGGGAAGAAUCAAGUGUUGCGAUGUUCAAGGAAACUUUGCAGUGGGAUUUGGACGACUCAGCUACACCUUCACCGGCCGAAUUUGCCAAUAAAAUAUCUGAGGAGUAUGGACUCUCCUUUGGUCAGAUGAUGGACUUGGCUUCUUCAAUUCAGGGCCAAAUCGAUGCUCACAUUCGUCAAAGCUGCAACUACUGCGCCCCCGUUGCAAUUUCCGAUCCAACAGGAAAUGAGAGACGCUUCAACGCAGUCGUUCGGCAAGCCCAACCAUAUGACUACCUGGUGAGAGGCGAUGGUGGGGGCGUUUUGAUUUCCAGGAAACGAACCCAAAAACACCAACUGCCGUUUCCCUUCCCGUCCAAACCGAAGGCACAGUCUAUAUCUGCUAUACCUACGACCGACACCACUUCCAACAAAAGCGGCAGUCGAAAGGGGCCCAAAAAAGGAUACAUCAAGCAAGUCAUAGAGGUUGAUGAAGAUGUCGAGGAUGUCUACAGUGAGGAAAUUCAGAAGAGGGUAAUGCAAGCUUCAAAGCAGCGCAUUUUGACCACUCCAACGGGCGAAAAGAGCGGCCUCCUCGAGCUGAAGAAAAAUUUUCACUGCCAUAUUUGUCACAAGAAAAGUGAUCUUACCUACACAUUUGCUUGUGGGAUCGGGAAUCAUGUAUACUGCUUGGUUCAUUGCAAAAAUCGACUUGGUUUGGAUUUUGACGUUGAAAAGCCUGCCUAUCUGGACUACUGUCCCAUCUGUGCCUUAUCCUGCGACUGCGCUUCCUGCUCGCGAAGGUUGAAGAAUGUAGCAUAUGAUUUCAAGAAACACUGUACUGAGCAAAACGCGGAACCAUGUAAAGUUUUUUUUCCAAAUGUUCUGGAGAAAUGCCAAAACACGAGUGCUACAGCUUCGACGAGAAGGACUUUCAAAGUCAUCGGAAUAGCUCCAGAUACGACCGAAAGAUCCGUCAGUAAGAAGAGCGGGCAAGCGGCUUCAAAAUCGACUGAUGCCGUGAACAAACAGCCAAGACCAAGUGUUCCUAAGCCAUCGCUAUUAGACUUUCCUCGUGAGGUCUGCGGGGCAGUCGACAUCGAUGUAGGUCACCCUGAUGACUAUAUGACGGUGUACUCUUGUGAUGGCUCUUUUCGCGCGCAUUCGGUUCCUGAUGUCUGGGAGAAGGAGCAACAAAGGGCACUUGAGCUGGAAAAUGAACAGAAAACUAGUGACUCCUUGUCACAAGAAAUCGUGGUUUCAAAUUGUGAAGAAGUUGUCGAAGAUGGCAAUGUCGAUUAUUGCCAUAUGUGUGGAAAAGCUGGAAACAUUAUUUGCUGCGACUUUUGUCCGAGAACAUUUCAUCAAGCUUGUAUGGAUAACCGUGCUGUGUCUGGUGAAGAUGAUGGAGAUCAAAAGUGGGAAUGUCCCGUUUGUAAAAGUGAAAAGGUCGGGCUUCCAUCAGACCUCGUUGACGGGACGGCACAUCAUGAAAUGAUCAUUUCCAGCAUUGAAGAUAAUGAUGACCUAAAGAAGGACGAGAAUGGGCUACGAGUUUUCGCCAUCAUCUAUGAAAUGGUAAACAAGUUGAUGGUGUACGAUUUUGGGAUUAUCUUCCAGAAGCCAGUGCAAGGUGAAAAGGGGUACAGAAAGAUCGUGAAGCAUCCAAUGGAUCUUGGGACGAUCAGAACGAAGGUGAAGAAUGGGUGGUACAUUGAUGCAAAGGCAAUCUCGUUCGAUGCAGCUAUUGCUGCAGCUUUGAAGGAUGUGGAGCUAGUCUGGCACAAUUGCUUUCUUUACAAUGCUUUAGACAGUGCGGUUUAUAGAAUGGCAGGUGUUCUUAGACGGCGAGCCUUGGGCAUCCGAAAGAAGAGCUUUGAUCACCUGCUAAGUGAUGGGGUCAAGUCUACUGUUGGUGAAUAUGUCACCUUGUGCGAAAGGGGACGACUGCAGUUGUUACUUACACAAAGACCGAAAAAUAUUGCCGAGUCAAAGGCAUUACAAGCCAAGCAACCAAAAGGGAAGUACAAAAUGUUUGUAAAUUCAAAACACGCGAAGACCAAGAAAGUUGCUAUCUUGGACCCAUCCACAGGUCGAAUUCUCAAGACCUACUCUUCCGUCAAGAAUGCGGUCGUUGCGUACUCCCAUCUGGCAAAGCUUGGGCAUGAAUGCGAGUGGACUGAGCCCGAUGUCGCGAAAUUGAUAAAUCGCAGCACCCACGACUCAAAGUGUCUCAUAUUUGGAUACAGAUGGUUGCCUUUAGAUGAUCUUCGAGCUCUCAAGGUGAAAUUUAGGAAAAAGGCACCGGCAUCGGCGUCGACAAUUCUUGAAAUGAACUACGAAAAUUGUCGUUAUCUUUUUUUGUCAAUCGAACAUGCACUUUCCUACUUUUUCUUAUCGCCAGGUGUCGAGAUGAGUGAAGCCCGGUCCCAACUCAAACGCGUUCCUGCUGGAACUGACUAUGUAGAACUAUUUGGGGUCGGUUGGCGAAGACCUCUUUUUGAAGGUUUGAAUCCAGAGAAAGGUGGUACCGGUACAAGCGAGACGGUUUCAUUUGAAAAUCAGCAGCAGAGUUUGUUGGUAGAUUGCUCUGUGGUGAAGAUGGAUUCCUGUACGCGGAGAACGAUGAUGGCUUUCGGAACUGAAACCGCAGCUUUCGAAGAUUGGAAAAGGGCCAAUUCUGCAUCGCCACUGUCGACUAGGCCCAGCUCAGAAGAUUUGGAGCAUUUCAAGAAAGAGUAUCUCGAAGGCCUUAGGCAUGUGGAUGGCAUGGUAUGGAGGAGGUGUAACGUAACCGAGAGGAACGAAGGCCAACCCAAACCUGCCGAGAAGGAUGCGGUGCCUGUUUCGACAGGAGAGGCUUCAACUGAUGCUGCUAAGGACACGGUUGAACCACAAAAGAAUGAAGAAAAGGACAAAAAUGCCGAGCAAAGCAAAAAGGAACAGACUGGUGCAAGCAGCGCUGCUGCCUCUUCUGGACAUUCGUUGGAAUCACCCACCACUUUGGGUAAGCGGAAACAGGAUUCGGACGGUGAGCAGCAAACAGAGCCAAAGAAACAGGCAUGUGAUGACCGGGAAGCAAUGGAUAGAUGUUGA